CGCCAACGCGGUGCGCGGGAACUUGGAAAACUGCCAGUUUUGCACUUGCCAGUUCCGUGUUCGUAACAGUAGAAUUAGCACGUAUUUCUACAACAUGUUACGCCAAUUAAGCAAAGUGGUCCAGCAAAAGGCGAGAUUCGCUACAGCUGCGGUCCCUGCUCCUCAAACGAACCCAGAGAUUUUAUACACCGGGUUAUUCAUCAACAAUGAAUGGGUGAAGUCAUCGGAUGGCAAGACGUUCAAGACUGAGAACCCCAGCAAUGGCAAAGUGAUUGCAGAUGUACAGCAGGCCAGCAAGACUGAUGUGGACAAGGCUGUCAAAGCGGCUAAGGAUGCCUUUAAGCUGGGUUCGCCGUGGAGGAAGAUGGACGCCUCCGAGCGAGGAUACCUCCUCAGCAAGCUAGCUGAUCUUGUUGAGAGGGACAGGACUUACUUGGCUAGUCUAGAAACCCUGGACAACGGUAAGCCCUACACGGCGGCUUACUACGGUGACGUGCAGGCAGUUAUCAAGAACUUGCGCUACUACGCCGGCUGGGCCGACAAGAGUCACGGCCUGGUCCUGCCAAUGGACGGCAAACACUUCGCUUAUACUAGGCAUGAGCCUGUUGGUGUAUGCGGUCAGAUAAUCCCAUGGAACUUCCCUCUCCUGAUGGCAGCAUGGAAGCUAGGCCCUGCCCUAGCGGCCGGCUGCACGGUCGUCAUGAAACCGGCCGAACAGACGCCUCUUACUGCGCUAUAUCUCGCUCAGUUGGUUAAGGAAGCUGGUUUCCCCGAGGGUGUUGUGAACAUGCUGCCCGGUUUCGGCGACGCGGGCGCAGCUCUCGUCGACCAUCCCGAUGUCGACAAAAUCGCUUUCACUGGUUCAACCGAAGUAGGCAAGUUAAUCCAGCGCAACUCGGCUGGCACAGUGAAGCGCAUUACGCUGGAGUUGGGAGGGAAGUCUCCUAACAUCAUCUUCGCGGACACUAACCUUGAGAGAGCGGUGGAGGCUGCACAUUUCGCUCUAUUCUUCAAUAUGGGACAGUGUUGCUGUGCUGGUUCCCGCACAUUCGUGGAGGACAAGAUCUACGACAAGUUCGUGGAGCUGUCCGCCGAGCGAGCCAAGCGACGCGUCGUCGGGGACCCCUUCAAGCCUGACACCGAACAGGGACCACAGAUCGACCUAGAGCAGCAGACCCGCAUCCUAAACCUGAUAGAGUCAGGCAAGCAGCAGGGCGCCAGGCUGGUGGCGGGCGGCGGCAAGGGAGCUGAUGCCGGCUACUUCGUGCAGCCCACUGUCUUCAGCGACGUGCACGACACCAUGGACAUCGCCACCACUGAGAUCUUCGGCCCCGUGCAGCAGAUCCUGAAGUUCUCUCAGCUGGACGAGGUGGUGGAGCGAGCCAACAACUCGCUGUACGGACUCGCGGCCGCUGUCUUCACACAGGACAUCGACAAGGCUAACUAUGUAGUGCAGCGACUUCGCGCCGGCACAGUGUGGGUGAACGAUUACAACGUGCUAAGCAACCAGGUUCCCUUCGGCGGUUACAAGCAAUCCGGCAUCGGACGCGAGAACGGACCCUACGGCAUCAAGAACUACACGGAAGUUAAGGCUGUCAUCACUAAACUUACUGAUAAAACAUCGUAAACAUAAGAGUAAAAUUAAGGUGAAAUAGUGAGUGUUUGGUGAGGAGUGGUAAAAGUUAUCAAUAUUUUUAUUCGUACUGGCGUAAUUUUAUAAAGCCUUCAUACAUUCAGUUGUAUUCAAGAUUUUUUCCAGCAAUUUUUGAAGGUUUUAUUUGUUUUAGUAGUGAUAUAAUAAAUAUCGAUAACUUGUUAUCUAGUGCUAAGCAUUCUGUCUCACUCAAGACAUUCGCACAAAUAUCGUAAUAUGUAUAUUUCGAUAUGUAUUUUGUACGAAUUCAACUCACAAAUUAUUGAAGAAUAAUUCGUAAGUUGUAUCGUUAUUAAUGAAUACUCUAUUUUUAAUGCUCUGUAAAUGUUAAUUAAUAUUGAACACUAAAAAAGUUAAUCUAUACAAAUACAAUUUGUGUCGGUAAACUUUUGCAUUUGCUAUUUUAUGUGAACAAUGUUUUGCAUUUACCCGGUAAAGAGGCUGAGAUAUGUAGAACCAAUGAAAUUGAUUCCAAAUGUCUUCCAAUAUAGACAAGUAAAACGUAUGUAUCUUAUGAAGCACAAUGUAUAUUUCCAUUAAUCAUUGUAAAGUGCCAUUUACUUUUUUCUAUGUUAUCCUAUAUUUUUGAAGAAAAAAAUAAAAAGCCAAAAAUUAA